GCAUUCCCAGCUUCCUUCCUCUCUCUCUCUCUCUCUUGACCCUCUUAUUUUUUUCUCUCUCUUCUUCCAUUUCCAUGGCAGCUCUAGAAAACCAUUACCAAUCCAAACAAAACAACAACAAUAAUAAUCCCGCUACUCGCUUGAAGCUCUUUGGCUUUGACGUCCAAGAAGAUCUUGAAGACGAUUCCGCCCCAACUCCCUCCGCCUCCUCCGACUCCGGCGGCGGACUAACACCUGCCUCCGCCGCCGCCCCUCCAUCCUCCGGCGACCGUAAAUACGAGUGUCAAUACUGCUAUAGAGAGUUUGCCAAUUCCCAAGCCCUCGGUGGCCACCAAAAUGCACACAAGAAAGAGCGCCAGCAACUCAAACGCGCCCAAUUACAAGCCUCUCGAAACGCUGCCGUUUUUAGAAACCCCAUCGUCUCUGCCUUUGCUCCGCCGCCUCACCUCCUCCCCUCCGCCGCCGCCUCCGUCACUUCCUCCUCUUCUUGGCCGGUUUAUAUCCCCCGGGUCCCACCUCAAUUCCAAGUCUCCCAUGGUUGUGUCUUCACUCACUCGUCAUACGCCGACGCUCCACCGCCGCCGCCGCCGCCUGAUUUCUUUAUGGGGUCUCGGUCGGGUCACGGGAUGGUGGACGCUCCGACUUCGUUGAGCCGGUUUUCUAAAGUGGACGGUGGAACCGGGUUCGAUGAUGGACCGGGUUUGGAUUUGCAUCUCAGCCUCGCACCGGCGGCGCCAUGAAAAUCGGAGCCUCCAACUUUUUUUUUUUUUUUUAAAUUUAUUUUUUUGGAAAUUAAUGGUUAGUGUUUUUCUCUUUAAGCCACUGGUUUCUUUUUUUCUUUUUCUUUCCCCCCCCCUCUUUUUCUUCUGUGUGAGAGAGAGGGAAUUUAGAGAUUGAAACCAGAUGGGAUUUAUUUGGGCUAAGAAAAACAACGACGAAAAAAAAAGGAAAAAAAAGAAAAGAAAUGAAAACACUUAUCUUCAACAUGUUCAUGAUGAUUUUUCAUCAUCAUCAUCCAUCA